AUGUCGAUUUCUGGCAAUAAGUCAAUCGUUGUGAGAUGGGCUUUUGCUGAAGAUUUGAACAGUGAACUUUCAUUGAUUAAGGCAGCAAUUUUGAGUCUGGUGACCAAUUGUCACCAUAUGAAGUCAAAUGUUGACGCGCUUCAAAUUAUUCAGCUUAGCUUGAGUCUUUCGGAUGCUCAGGGUAAUUUACUGGACUUUGAUUCUCCCUUUUCUUACAUUUGGGAAUUUAAUUUUCGAGAUUUCGAUAUUAAUCAAGACUGCUAUGCUAGCGAUACGGUUGAGCUGCUCAAACGUCAAGGGAUAGAUUUUGAGAAGAAUAAAGAGAAGGGGAUUGAUUCUAAAGAUUUUGCAAAGAAGCUUUGGGAUUACGGCUUAGUUUUCAAUUGCUAUGAUCUAAAAAGUAUUACUUGGAUUACUUUUCAUCAGAUUUAUGCUAAAGAUUCUUACUCAAAGUUGAUUGCCUUUGCAUCUUCACUCAUUCGUGGAUCAAUUAGCUUAUUUCUUCAGCUACAACAUUUUCAGCCUCAAGCACACCUUCAAGUUCUUGGGGCUGUUAGGCGGUUUAGAUAA